CUGCUGUGGGGGACCUACGUGUGAUCUGGGCUGGCCUGAGCCCUCCAGGCACAGAACCCCAGGGCUCUGGGAAGUGGUGAAGCCCCUGGUUGCUGCUCCCCACCACAAACACCUUGGCCCUGAGGAGAAGUCACGCGGAGCCCAGAAUAGCUCUUGCCGGACCUCGUGGCCAGGCCGGGCUCCAGCUGGGGACGCAGCGACACUCGGCCUCAAUCUCUGCAUUUCCCUCCUCUGGCCUCUUGCUCUUCCUGCAAGCUCAUGAGCUGGUCCCCAGAAGAGUGCCGGGGGCAGCGACAGCCCCAGGGUGACAGACACACCCUCUGUGCCAGGCUGGUGGAAAGGCCCGGCAGCGGCUCUGAGGAAGCUCCGGAGCCCCGCCUGGGACCCAUCGCCACCCGCACAGCCUCAGGACCUGCCCUCGCCUUCUGGCAGGCAGUGCUGGCAGGGGACGCAGGCUCUGUGUCCCGCAUCCUCUCAGACUCCAGUGCCAGCCUGGCUCCUGAUUCUGUCUUUGAUACCAGCGACCCAGAGCGGUGGAGGGACUUCCGAUACAACAUCCGUGCUCUGAGACUAUGGUCCCUGACGUACCAGGAGGAGCUGACCACCCCACUGCACGUGGCAGCCAGCCGGGGCCACACAGAGGUACUGCGGCUGCUGCUGAGGCGCAGGGCUCAGCCGGACAGCGCCCCAGGGGGCCGCACCGCCCUGCACGAGGCCUGCGCAGCUGGCCACAGCACCUGUGUCCAUGUGCUGCUGGUGGCCGGUGCUGACCCCAACCUCCCUGACCAGGACGGGAAACGACCCCUGCAUCUCUGCCAAGGUCCUGGCGCCCUCCCGUGUGCAGACCUGCUGCUGAGGUUUGGAGCACGAGUAGAUGGUCGCUCUGAGGAGGAAGAGGAGACCCCCUUGCACACGGCUGCCCGACUUGGCCACGUGGAGCUGGUGGACCUGCUGCUAAGACGGGGUGCGUGUCCUGAUGCCCGCAAUGCUGAAGGCUGGACACCGCUGCUGGCUGCCUGUGACACUCGCUGUCCAUCCCCUGACGAUGCCCAGGCCACCUCAGCCCGUUGUUUCCAGUUGUGCCACCUACUGCUCUCGGCGGGAGCAGAUGCUGAUGCUGCCGACCAGGACAGGCAGCGGCCCUUGCACCUUGCCUGUCGCCGAGGCCACACAGCCGUUGUGGAGCUCUUGCUGUCCUGUGGCGUCAGUGCCAACGCCAUGGACUAUGGGGGACACACACCCCUGCACUGUGCUCUGCAGGGCCCUGCUGCAGCCCUGGCCGAGACCCCGGAGCAUGUGGUCCGCGCUCUGCUCAACCAUGGCGCCGUCCGAGUGUGGCCGGGGGCCUUGCCCAAGGUGCUGGAGCGCUGGCACUCGUCCCCGAGGAUCAUCGAGGUCCUGAUGAACACCUACAGUGUCGUGAGGCUUCCGGAGGAGGCAGUGGGCCUGAUACCUCCUGAAACGCUGCAGAAGCACCGGCACUUCUACUCCUCGCUCUUCUCCCUGGUGAGGCAGCCACGAUCCCUGCAGCACCUGAGCCGCUGUGCGCUACGCACACACCUGGCCGGCUGCCUGCCUCUGGCCCUGCCCGGCCUGCCCCUGCCACCUCGCCUGCUCCGCUACCUGCAGCUCGAGUUCGAGGAUGUGCUAUACUAGGGCCUCACUAUGCAGUCUAGGCUGGCCUUGGACUCACAGUGUAGCCCAGGCUGGCCUCGAACUUGUAAUCUUUCAAUCUCAGCCAGCUGAGUGUUAGGAUGACAGGUAUUCUCUGCUGGGCCAGCCACUCUUCGUCCUCUUUCUGUGCUUCCUGGGCCCCAGGUGUUAGGGACUAGGCAUAGGGCUGUGCGCGAGACACAUUCCUGCCCUCAGUGAAUUCUCGAUCGAUCCCAAAAGCAGUGUGGGAAUUAAUCACAACAUAGGAGCGGUGAACUGAAGGCAGAACGACAGUGGGAGCGGGGCUGAGGGCGAAGAGGAAAGCAAGGAGUGGGGUAGGGGUGGGGAGGUGUUACGGGCGCCAUGCCUGGCUCAAGGGAUGCGAGGGGAGGGGCGCGCCCUGCGCGGAGGGUGCUGAGGGGCUGAGGGGAGGGCCACAAGGCGACGUGCGGUGGUCACCUCGUGGAGGCCGUGCCUACCAUUGUCCCUCGCAAGGGGAUGCCAGGAGGUUCCCUCUGGGGUCAGACACCAGACACCCGGCCAGGCAGGGAGCCUCCUCCCCAGCCUCCCGGCUGUCGGUCCCGCGGGCCCAGAGCCUCUCCCCGGUAAUUGCUUUCCAUAAUGUGUUUGCUCCAAACCAAUUUCACGCCUCCGUGAGGACUCCGCCCUGCACUGGAGGCGCGGACCUCCUCACCACCAGCCUGCCCGCGUGUGCACGCGUGGGCUCACACACGCAGCACACAUGCAGGGCGGCAGAUGCACUGGCACAGGAAACAUGCAGGCGGCUACACGUACGCACGCUAGAGUUUAAGACGCUGGUGUCCAGGCCCCGCCCCGCCCUACUCACCCCCAGGGUUUAGCGGGUUCUCCUCGCGCCUUCCUCUGCCCUGCGUGCGUUCCUCUACCUAACGCCAGGGGUCGCUGCAUCAGCCCGCGCCUCCGCGGUGACUGCAGUCGCGCGCUGCUGCCACCAGAGGGGACCCGCGCACAGAGCUCGGUGCUGCCCACCGCACGGGGUCUCUCUCCCGCCAAUGAGUGAGCCCGCGGUGUGGACCUGUUGGCUUUGACUUCAGAACACUUUGCUCCUGGUUAGCAUCCCAAGCGGGGAUCCCAGUGCCUAGAGAGAGCCAACGAUCAGGUCCGACACAGCUAGACGAGUUCUGGUCAGGGAUCCAGUAGGAGAACAGGAAUUUCCUGAUGGUGAGAAAUUUGCAAGCCACAGCAUCUGUCCUUGGUACUGAUGGCAGAGCCAGCAGCGGUGCUGGGGGAGCCACUGAUCUUCGGGAAGCUGAGUCCUGUUCCGGGCCACUCUGCCCUUCGCCUGCUCACCUGCUGGAAGAGCUCGUUCUGGACGGUAGUUCCUCAUUCACGUGAUCCUCGGCUUUGGGCUACGUGGAGCACAAAGUAAUCCUCUCUUGCACACAGGGAAUUUUGUUUUUGUUUUUCAGUACCGGGGAUUGAACUCGGGACCUUGUACUUGCCAGGAGGGCACUUAUGCCAGUGAACUAUCUUAUCUCUCUGGCCCAAGGAGAUGUUGAAGAAGGCCCAAGGUCCGCUGGCCCAGUGAGGGGGCGGGUCUUUUUACUCCCAGAAGUGGCUUUUGCUUUUGCCGUGUGGCCUCCUCUCCACACUAGAUGAAUGGGCAGGGAAGGAAGGGGCUGCAAGUGUCACCCCUGAGCAUGUGACACUGGCUACUGCUUGUCAAGGACCCCAAAAAGCCACCCUUCAUGACCCUAGCAUGGCAAGAGCACAGAUUGAAGAUACAAAAGCGUUAGAACGCAUGGUAUAGGAUACAAUGUCUCCAAGCCUGAGCCACACCAGAUCAAUACCAAAGUCCCCAAAGUGUCACUCGUCUCAGCUCAGAGUUGGUGGCCUACUGGGUUGUGUUGGUACCAAGGUAUAAACUUGUGUUCUCUCUGCCUGCUUAAGUGAAGAGUCCAUUUUUCCCUCUUAGUUAUGAGCAAUAGCUCAUCAUGAGUUACGUGACAUCUUCUAGAUGGGAGCCUUUUUACCCUUGACGACGCAGGAUCCAUUCUCUACUGCCAAAGAGUGACAGACAGGCUUCCUUAAGUAACCUUUUACUGGUGAGACUGGUGGAAGGGUGAUUUCAGUAUAUAUCUUUUUGAGCUUUUGGAAUUCUGUACUAUGUGUUUUAUUACCUAUGCAAAAA